AUGUCUAUUCCUCCAUUAAGUUGUCAAGGUUAUGAAUAUAAAGUACCCCCUGUUCGCUGGUUUCAAGCAAUUGAUGUUCCAUCAUGGGAUCCUUUCCAUUCCAAUCAAGGAGGUGAGGAAGCAGAAGAAUGUCCCAUGGAAUGGAUUCCAUUUUCAAAGCAUGAUUCCGCAAUACUAGAGUCUGCUUAUUCAUCACGCGUUAGUGGCAUGAAAGUUACUUGUAGUGAGGAUCAUUUGUUUGAAGUGGAUUUAGAUUCUAGAGAGAUUAGUCCAAUAUAUUGGAUUGGACCAAUAUAUCAAGUUGUGAGAGCUUCCUGGUUUUACGAAGGUGAAGGUGGAAAAUUCAUACCUUGUGAUGAAUUUUUAUCAGAUCAAAUUGAAGAUGGUUAUAUAAAACAUCAAGCAUGGAUUCCUCCACAAAACUCUAAUGAUGAAAAUAACAAAAAUAAAAAUUUGCAAGAAAGAAGUCGGUAUUUAACUGACAAAUAUUCUGGACAAUAUGUGGUAUAUUUGAAUACUGCGCUCGCCUGGUUAAUUAUUGAUGAUUUAACUGGGAAAUUAUCUAAAACUUUCUUUUCUAGUUUUACCAAUGGGGAACAUCUUGGUGGAGUAAAAUUGUUAAGGGGUUAUUGGGAAGUAGAAAAAUAUUUAUUAAAAAAUUCAGCUGCUGUAAAAGAUAAUACCAAAAUUGAUAUGGAAAAACUAAAAGAUAAUAGUAACUUAGAUGAUGAUAAUAAAAGAUUGCAUAAUUUAAAUCAUCAAAAACGGGAAAUAGAGGAUUAUGAAGAAAUAGAGGAACCAGAACGUGAGAUAGAUCAUUUGAUUCUUUGCAUACAUGGCAUUGGACAGAAAUUAAAUGAGAAAAAAAGAAGUCCAAAUUUUGUUAAUGAAGUAAAUCUUCUUCGCCGUACAAUAAAACAAAUUUAUGCCUCCAAUCCGCCAUCAGAUGUGGCUGCGCGAUUGGCUGAUCGCAAGAUAAAUUCCAAUAAUGGAAGAAGUAAAUUUGAGAAGGGAAGUCAAAUUGGCAAUGGAAUUCAGGUGUUACCUAUAAAUUGGCGACAGGAUAUUAAGUUCGGUAUGGCAUCAGAGAAAGAUCAAACACUACAUGAUUUAAGUUUAUCCUUUGGUGAAGGUCAGCCCACAUUAGAUGAAAUUAAAUUGGAUAGCGUUCCGAAUUUAAGGAUGUUAAUUUCUGACGCUUUGGUAGAUGUUUUGUUAUACAUGACACCUAAAUUUCGAGACAUGAUACUCAAAAUUGUAGUUCGAGAGAUGAAUCGUGUAUAUAACCUAUUCAUCGAUCGUAAUCCAAAUUUUUUAAAAAUUGGAGGAAAAGUCUCCAUUUAUGGUCAUUCUCUCGGUUCAUUAGUGGCAUUUGAUGUUCUUUGUCAUCAAUCUAUUUUAACUUCACCAUUUAAUAAUGAUCUCGAUUGUAUAUUUGGUGUUUGCCCGCAAAAUGAUUUCCAUCAUUCUAAUAUUAACAAUGGACACCAUAGAAUUAGUAACGGAUCUAGAUUAAAUGGUCGUGACGGACUUAACUGCAACAAUGGAAUUAAUGGCAUUAAUCAAUCUAGAGAAUGGAACGAAAAAAAAAAAUUCACUGGAAACAAAUUUUUUAAUCAAUUGUACGAUGAGCCUGAAUGUCUUUCUCGAGAUUCCAAUGAUGAACAUCGAUUACAACAGUUAAAGUAUAAAUUAGAUUUUGAAGCAGAAACUUUGUACAGUGUUGGAUCCCCGAUUGGAUUAUUUUUGUUGUUGAAGGGAGUGAAAAUUGGUUCAAGAAAGUAUUACGAUGCAUUGAACAAGAUUAAUGAAUCGAACAAUUGGUCAGAAGUUAAUUUGAAUAGUUAUGAUGAAAUAGAUUUAAAUGGUAAAAGUGAUAAUAGUUCUGAAGGAAAUUCAGAAUUUAAAUAUCGAAGAACUAUGAUGAAUAGUCAAAAAAAGAAAAGACAAAAUUUAAACAAGGAUCAAUUAAUGUCGCAGGACCAAACGAGUUUGAUACCGCUUUGUUAUCCAGCUGUUAAUAAUAUUUAUAAUAUAUUUCAUAAAUCAGAUCCUAUCGCGUACCGUCUUGAACCAUUAAUAUCUCGUCACUGUAAAUCGUUAAAACCAGCACUCAUCCCAUAUCAUAAGGGUGGACUAAAAGCUGUCCAACUGGCUUCUGACACAUCCGUUCAACAAUCAACCAAACAAAAGCAGCUUGAGCAAAUCAGGUCCGAUUCAAUGUUGGCUGGUAAUUCUAGUAGUAGCUGUGCGUCAUUGCCCGUUGAGAUGACGAGAAAUGGAAAUAGUGGUGCAAUGAAUGUGCAGAAUGUCGGAACAAAUAUCGUCCGUAGAGGUGGGAUUAAUGGUAGAAGUUUUAAGAAACGAAAUGGAAGUGAAUUACAUAAGAGUUGUAUAAAAAAUUUGCACAAUUGUAAUGGUUCUAUAGAUAAUAAAAGGAGGGAUAGUGUAGAUAGUAAUGGAAAAUCAACUGUAUUGAAUUCUGGAGGAAGCAUUUACGCGAGUAGUUUGUAUAAAGAUGCAAAUGGAAGUGUAAUUGGAUUGACGGCAGAAGCAAGGAGAAAAUCUUAUCAAAUACGGAAGUCAACGUCUGCGCAGUUAGAAGAAGAUUUGGAUUAUAAGAACACUGGGGAAGAAAGGUUGAAAAGUUUGAAUAAAAAUGUUGGUUAUCUCUCAGCGAUAUCCGUACAUCUAAAUUAUUGGACAGAUUGUGAUGUCGCUCAUUUCAUAUUACAAGAAACAUAUAAGAAUUAUGAUGAUGGCAAAAAUAGUUCAAGACGACCAAGUGCACGCCAUGACCAUACACUAACAACACAUAUGAAGAAUCCAAUAGGGGGACAUAUUAAAGAGAUCACAGCAGCAAAGAAUGUAAUUGUGACCCAAAAGAAAGCGAAAAAUGUGAUCAAAGGAGAAACUAUAAGAAAAUAA